CACCAGUCUGCUACGCACCUGACGAGGCGAUAGACAAUCAGCCCGCUCUAGACAAUCAGUUCCCUUUAGACAACCAGUUCACUCUCGACAACCAGUUUGCUCUCCCGCGCGCGAAUUUUGUGCUUUACCGAACGUCGACUUCACACGUAACCCGCUUUUUUUCUCUAAAACUUCGUGUUCGGUGAGUUUUUCGCAAGCCUCUCCGCGAAUAUUUCGUCCGAGACUCUAUCGAUAGAUCGAAGCUAGAAUUUUCGCGAUCGAUUAUUUUUUUUUUUUUGUAGAAUUUUUUGCGAUGACUGUCGGUUCUUAUGGUGCGAUUUUCUGAGGACGCGCCGUGUUUUAUCUCGAGAUGUUGGAUAAGCUAAAACAAUGGGGCCUUCGACUUGUGAAAGGGGACGCCGAGAUUGAAGGAGUCAUCGCUGCCGAGCUUGUGUGCAUGCGCCACGACCCCAGGGAGAUCCCUCGACCCUUCAGAAACAUGCGCUUCUUCUGCUCCCAGAACAACAACACCGUCUUCCUUCCAGAUCACUCGAUUCGAGAGGACUCUGAGAAUGGAGGAGGUGUGGUUCCUUGCUGCAUGAACUGCAAAGAACUGGUGGAAAACAUAACGGAUUGCAGUAUUUGUCUCGAGCCUUUUCUUAAGAGUGGGAUUUCCUCGUGUCAAAAGUGCGGAAAUCUGACGUGCUGGUCUUGCGCUCAGAGGCUCUUCACAUGCCCUUUUUGCAGAGUUGAAAUGGGAUUCUCGUGGCAGAGGAAUGUGGCACUCGAGAAGCUUGUUAAUAAACUUGAGCUACCCUGCAGAAAUGCCAAAUGGGGCUGCAAGCUGCGUAUGGUCAAGAGCCUGCGUUCAAGUCAUGAAAACAAGUGUAAAUUUAUGCCGGUUUACUGCCCGCUGAAACAGUACUGCAGUUGGCAAGGUGACAUCAACAGCCUAUCACAGCACUUGGCUGAAGUGCACUCCCUGACCCUCCUAGCCGGCAACCGAAUAACCGUUGAAAUCUCUUCCUUCCGGGCCAAAAUGAAGCAAAGCGAACGUAGGAGCCAAAAAUAUAUCGUCCUGCUCAACUGCUUCUCCAUGUUCUUUUUCUGUAAACUGUCCCUUUACCGUAAAAAGUUGACCGUAGUUUUCAUGCAAGUAACCGAUAUGAACGCUAUCAUGUACAGUAACUCAGCGAAUCAGAAGUUCAGUGCAUGGUUGGAGGUAAGCAGUUCGUUCCGAACGAUUAAAGGUGUCAUGCCCAUCUCGAGCGUCAACAAGAACAAUAAGGAGCUCCAGUUAUCGUGCGAGAGUUUACUGUCUCCAUGGAAACAGACGGAGGAUCGGGUGCGCAUUGGAAUUGUCGUGCACCCAUCACAAUGAGAUCUCAAUAUCGUGUUACCAAUUUGUACAUUACUCCUGAAUCUAGUCACUCAACCCAGGUUGAAUUUAAAGUAAGGGCAUUCUGAGACCCACUUGAUUUGAAUAAUGGAGCUUUCAACUUUCACAGGCUUGAAGUAGGAUCAAGUGGGUAACAACUGCUUCUCAUUUAACCAAUUAUAAAAUUGUUAAAAUAUGAAACCAUACUGCCUUGAAAAAAUUGUUAGUAUUUGAUUUAAGCUGGUAGUUUUCGUCAUAAUUUUUCAAGCAAUGAGCAAAUCAGUGAGCUACGAGGAAAAAACUUUGGUUGAAACAUUGUUUUCAUUAUUAUUAGCUCUCUCGUACAAGUGUAUUUGAGGUUCAAUGGUUUGAACAUGUGAAAGCACCGGAUAAAGAUUGUAUAAAAACCUUUCAAGGUUGUCAAAUCACAGUUGGAAAAUUAAAACUGAAAAAAUAGUAAGAACUUACUUAACCCAUAAAACCCAUAAAAACCCAUCUGUAACAUUAAUUUUUAAUGGGGGUGCAUUUCACUUCCCAUCUGUAUAAUGAUCAAGAAUUUAUCUGAAAUUCAUUUUAGGCUAGUUACUCUUCAAUUUUAGAAGCCAUCUGCCAAGAAAAAUGCAACUAAAUAAGUUACCAUUAUAAUUGAUUUUUUACUUUUUUACGCCCAUUCAUUGCCAGUGUAUUGCAUGCAUGGAAAGUAAUUUUACCGCAGUUUACCAAAAUAAUGACAGAUAGAUUAAUAAGUCUUUCUAGAAAGUCUUUCAGAGCUGUGCUUCUCUUUUCUUUUGAACUGUCAGUGAAAACCUAUUUUAUCAGCAGCCUAACUAUUGAAAAAAAUUUUCUCCCAAUGAACUUCCUUGUGAAAAACUACUUGGAUUUUCAUCUUCUUUCACCUGUUAUUUCCGUAGUGUACUAUAUAGGAUUUUGCUCUGUUUGUAAAAUUUGUUUUUAGUCACUGGUACACCUAAGUAUUUAUGUGCAUGGAUGAAAAAGAAAUGUGUUUUUGUUUAAACAGAUUCUUUAAGUUACAAGUAUACGUUUUCCAAAUUUGA